AUGGCUUCAAAUCAACCAAUUAUGCCCAAAAUCAAUAGUCCAUUGGGUAUAUUACGUACUUCUCAAGCAGUGGCAUCUGAUAUCACGAUUAAUAUUAUUUUAUAUGCUUUAAUUUAUUCAAUCAUUUAUUUAUUUCGUCUACGAAAUUUAUUUCUUCAAUUCAAUCAUUAUUUCAUCACUAUCAUAUUAUUCAUCUUAGAAAUCUUUUGGAUCAUAUUAUAUAUUAUUAUUAGAUUAAUAUAUUUGGUUUAUAAUACAAUUAAUGAUUCUAAAAUUAAUGAUUAUCGUUAUAAUACUCAUGGGAUUUUACGUACUUUUAUAAUUCAUAAUCAAUUUUGGAAAUUUAAAAAUAAUUUAGUUAUGAAUUCGAUUUUUAAACAUGGUCCCAAUGUUUUUUUAGAUAUUCAAGAUGAUUUAAUCAUUCCUAAUUUGAUUAAUAAAGGUAAUGAUAUAAUUAUACCAAUUGAUAAUAAUGAUAAUAUUAAUGACAUUGAUAUUGAUCAUGACAAUGAUAAUGAUGAUGAUGAUGAAGAAUCAUUAACUUCGAAUAUUUCAAAUUCAACAAGAAUUAAAACUAAAUCUAAUUUCACUAAAUGGACUAGACAUAGUCAAUUUGCUUCUACUCCACCUCCUCUUUUAUCAUCAUCAAACUCUGCAGGUUCAUUAAAUAAAUUGAAAUCAAAAAUUUAUCCCAAAAAUUAA